AUGACGGACAUCCUAUCCAAGAAUCAGGCGCAUUUCAAUGAAAUCGCCGGCAAGUACGACCAACAGAAUGCCGCUGCGAUUGUGCAGCUCGAGCGCCUUAUUCAAGCCAAGUUGGACUUUAUUGGUGUGAAGCAAGACUCCCGAUUCCUUGAUUAUGCGUGUGGCACGGGGAUGCUUUCGAGAGUGCUGGCCAAGACUGUGUCGGAAAGCAUUGGGAUUGAUAUAACUGAGAACAUGGUUCAGGCGUACAAUGCCCGAGCACGGAGCGAGGGUAUUUCUGCCGCUAGGUCGGCUUUCGUGGGCAAUCUCGCCGACCCAUCUGACGCUGCCCCCUUAGCUUUCUCCGACGCCAAGUUUUUCGAUUUCGACAUCGCAGGCGUAGGCCUAGGCUGGCAUCACUUUGACGAUUGCAAUUUGGCUGCCAAGCGGUUGGUCAGCCGCCUGAAGUCGGGCGGUGUCCUUUUCAUCGUCGACUUCUCCGCGCAUGAGAUGAAUGCGGAAUUUGCCUCGCACCAUGGCGUCACACACCAUGGGUUCACCAAGGAUCAGAUUAAGACCAUGUUCGAGGAAGCAGGAGCUGGGGGUGAGUUUGCUUUCGAGGAGUUUGCGGAGCCGAUAGAUUUUAAGACCAUCCAUGGCGAAGGGGAAGGGCAUGGCCACACUCACAGUCACGGUCAUGACGACCAGCAUGGUGGACAGGGGCAAAGUCAUAGCCAUGGCCAAGGAAAUGCGCAUAGCAAGAAGGUCUUCAUAGCUAGGGGAUCUAAACUCUAG